GAUCAAAGAAGUAACCAAUGUCAUUUGAGGAAAUAUCAAGUAGUGUGUGUACAGUUGUAGGGAUAUUUAGUAUUUGUCAUCCAACGUUGACAGUUUAACAUUGCCGACGGAAAAUAGUACUGGAAGAAGCAUUAUACUUCAAAUAAAACAAUGUUCAAAAUAAAGCAAUCCAGCAAUAUUCAAAAUGAGAUAAAAGUCAUCAUGAUCGGUAAAUCCGGUAAUGGUAAAAGUUCAACAGGCAAUACCCUGCUCGGUUACAAAGACUUCACUGUCGCGAGGAGUCUAAAUGCCGUCACAGAACAAUGUCACAUGGAAACGCGGUUUUUAAGGAAUGGGCAAAGAAUUAAAGUCGUGGAUACUCCAGGACUUUUUGACGCAGGUAACACUUUGGGAGGAAGAGCUCUUGAAAUCCUGAAAGCAGUCGAAAAAUGUCCAAAUCCAAAUGCAUUCUUAUUAGUAUUAAAUCCAAGUCGGUUUACAGAGGAAGAACUCUGUACAGUUGAAGUUAUACGCAUCAUAUUUGGAAAAGAGAUUUUUGAGCAUAUGUGUAUAGUCUUUACACAUGGAAGCGAGUUUCAAGAUCGCGAAGAGUUCAGAAAAUUUUGGGAAGAAAGUGAAUAUGUAAGAGAUUUGGUCAAAAGAUGCAAUGGCCGCGUUUUCAAAAUAGAGAAUAAGAAUCAGAAUCGAUAUGAGGAUGAAGACUUUCUAAAUCUCAUCGAUACAAUUCAAUCUUGCCCCGAGUACAAGUACAGAUACCUUGGUGAACACCAGGCAGCACUUAAAGAACAUCAGGAUAAGUACACAUCAGAGAAUAAGGACAUUAAAAGUCAAAUUGAAGACUUGGAUGUCAGGCUAAGUAGACGAAUAGAUCCAAAAAUUUGGAAGGAAAGACUUAUUACUGGAGUAGCCAUAGUAGGAUCAGUAGCAGCAACUGGAGUUGCUGUCUUUGUGGCACCAAAAGCUGUUGCAAAAACAGCUCUUGGGCUAGGGUGUGGGUUUGUUGGUUAUAGCAUGAAUAAAUUGUCAAAGUAGAACAAGAAAAGUUGUAAUUUCAAGUUAAAGUUAUUACAAUAAAUAAGUUUGUGAUAGUUGAAUAAAUUGAUAAACAUUAGUUUUGUUUCUUUGUGGAAGUCUUGAGUCUUCUUCCUAAAAGUAAUCAGAAAGUGUGUCAUCUAACUAAAGGAAACAUGACUAUCAUCCCAGUAAAGUUCUCACAAAAAAUCCCACUGAAUAAAGAAAACUUUUUAGCAACAAGAAGACCGCUGAUCUCCAUGUCCUUCCAUUUAUUUUGUUUUAUAUUAAGUGAAGUUUUAACAUCAUCACAUUUUAUCUAUAUGGUAUUUGCAAAUAGGCUUAAGAUGCUUGCUUCUUCAAUAAUUGUAUUUAACAUUAAAUCUUUGAAAUAAAAAAUAACGUAGAAACUUAAGAGGCAUAUUGGUCGAGCUAAAGGAUAAUAUUAAAACAACCCGUGUUCUUCGGAAACUAAAUUCAUACAUCAGCCUGGUUUAAUAACUUUUCCUGUUAUAUUUUUAGAGAAAAAUCAGCAUUUAGUGUUUAAAAAGGAGAUGUUUAAGUAGCAUAUAUUUUUCAAAUUUUCCUUAUAAAAUGGUAAAUGGCUUUAUCCAACAUUGAACAAGUCCAUUUUGGUGUUUUAUUUUGGUAGCGUUACUUUAUUACACUGUAAUAUAACCAGUCCGUUUUUUCCUUAUUAUUAUCGUUUUAAGUGUCGAACUUUAUUAUCAGGUUAUAAAAUAGAUGCAUUUUCACUAAAGAUGUUUUACCGGUGUGUGUUUUUUGGAGCUGAUUUUUUAUCGAAUUGAUCAUAAACCGAUUUAACUAUGGUGGCUUAUUGAUGGCACUUAGUAGUUUUGCAUUUUCGUCUUGAAAAUGCAUAUGACAAUAUAAAGUUGAUGCAAUCAAAGAAGAAAAACUACACUAAGCUAAAAUUAGAUUUAAAGUAGCAGUAUCCACGUCACACAACAUAACUCACCUACUAUUAAUUAUUCUUUUUUUUUACCAUUGUAUUAUAUAUCAUUCACUUCUGACUUUUUUGACAAUUUGUUUUUGAAAACAAAUACAAAAUUUUGUUUAUAUGUUUAAAUUUAUGGUUUGGUAAGUUGUUUAUUUGUUAUUUGUUUAACCAUACCGUAAUGUACAAUGUAGGCUGAGUAUAGCUAGCAUCAUGUUUUUCCAUCUGAAUUGAUGAUAAAGAUUCUAACUUUCAUUCAAGUUUUGUAUGUGUGCAAACAGCUGUCUGAUAAUUCAUGUCAAUGUAUCGGCCUGUUUUGUCAUAAUUCGAUAAUGGAAUUUAUAUAACUAUUUUUCAUUAUCUCAUUUUAAUAAUUGGCAUCAUAUACUUUUUUCUGUCUUUUUAGCACUUCCCGUCAUGCUUUGGUAAUGGGCUUUGCCAAAUGCACUCCCCCAAUGCUCAGUGUGUAAUAUCAUUUAUGCGGUCACCAGCGGUCAGUGAGGAAUGAUUGCUCGUGAAAAAGAUAAAAUAUAAAGGUGCCAUACUGAGUAAUUGGAUGUCAUGUUCUUAAUGUAAAUUACAAAAGAUACACUCGUGUUUCCACAAUCGUAUCAUUAUUUUUAAGUUUAAUUUCACUUACAACAUUUGAAAUAAUUAUUAUGUUAUAUUGCACCAUAUUGUUAUAAUUACCUUACUUUGCAUUAUAUUGAUUUAAAGAAGCAUUUCGUUUAAAAAGACCUUUCAUUAACUUUCAUUUUUACCAGAAGUAAAGGCUCUAAAUGAUUGUAUUCUUUUAUUUUAGAGUAGAUUGAACUUAUUAAUAGACAAUGAUAUUAUACUCAGUUAGCCUGGCCAAAAUACAAAUUGUUCAACUUUUACUUUGUCUUUCCUAGAAACUUAGAAUCUUAAAAGUAGUUGAAAUAUAAAAUUUGUUUAGUUUAAUAUUAGUUUCUAAUGUACAUAUUGUUAAACUCUACUAUUUUUAUAGUCAAUGUUAAUAAUUUUCCAUGUUUAGAAUAGUUUAUGUAAAGAAAUGAUAAGCCUAAAGCAUUUGUAAAGUAAACUCUGGUUGGCUGUUUGCAGACGAAUCCGAUAAGUUUUUACAAACAGUGUCACCUGUAUGUAGAUGUUAGCUCCCUUUGGGACUCGGAAGUUCAUUUAACCAGGCAUCUCUUGGAGUUUUGAUAUUCUGCUGCUAAUUUUUGGUAAAGUAACAUCUGUUAAAGCUCUCUAAGGUUAAUAAAUUAUUUUUAUGGCACUUUGGCAUUAAAGUAAACCUUAGAAAUAAUCUAAAUUUUAUAAAUUUGUAAGUAAUUUUAGUAAUAUCUUUUUACAAAAGUAAUUAAGAUUAAUGAAUAUCUUUUCUUUGUUCAAAAUGGUAGCCAUCUUGAAUGAAAAAAAACUAUUUCUUUGUUGAUAUAGACUAAAAAAGAGCUUGCUACUAUUUAGAUUUAUUAGUUUAAUAGCACAUAAUCAUUAAGGUUAUUUUUCAUAUUUUUCGUAAUUACAUUUAUCUUUCAUCUGGUUUAAAUCUUUAGUUCACUUGUUUAUUUUGAUUAUCAUAGUUUUGGUUUUAUAAGAACAGUUUAUAUUAUGGUACAUAUUGUCAACUUGUUUGGUUUUAAGUAACUUUUAGUUAAGUGUAAAUAAAAACC